GGCCCAAUCGCAAUGAAGCAAAUGCGAAUAGAGGAAACUUGGUCCAUUCUCAAGGCCUUUUUCUAUGGAACUUCGGACUGUGGGUGCUCCGACCACCGAGCGUGGUUGAUCGCAUUCGCAUGUGCAUUUACGAUGACGCCCCAAGAACCAGCUAACAAAUCGCAUCUGGUAAAUCUCACUCUUCCACGUCAACCCCCCCUUAAAUACUCCCUCGAAUGAUUUUAUGCAUUCUACGGCGUGAACUUUACUUAUCCUCGCAGUGUCUGACCUUAUUAUUCCAUCUAUUUCCUCACUCCCUACAGUUCAUAAGCCGGCUGAACAUUUAAAGUGGCGUUCACCGGCCGUACCUGUUCCAAAGUCCUUAACUCCGUCGACAGUGAAAGUAAAAUUACUUCCUUUAUAAGCAAUCGAGAGGUGCACGAGUUGCCUCUCAAUCAUUCAAGUUGUAUCAAACAAAUUUCACAUCGCUAUUAUUGCGAUCAGGUCCAUUCGACACGUUCAGUGGACGAAAGUCUGCUCUUCCAUAUCUGAGACGACUCUCCAAUCUUACAUCCUACACUACAAUGGCUACCUCUGAUACUGAGGCUUCUCGAAGCCAGCAGUCUCCAUUGGCUUCGAGCCGCGAGGCCUCCAAAGGAGUUCCUCAAGCAAAAGGCUUUUUUCCUCUAGGUUAUAAGCCGGCAUUCAGUCAGUGGUGGGCAAGCGUUUCACCCGCUGUCGCAGAACAUACUGUUAUGUCCUUCGUUCCAUAUCUACAAAAGCCACCUACGCAUACUCAGACUGGCUCUGCCCCAGUUUCUGCUGGCACAUCGACACUUUCAGUAAACGAUGAUCCGAAUGCUCUAUCGACGCCAGUUCAAACGAAUUCUAUAAACGAUCCUCAUGGUCCAAGACAAUGGCAUUCGAAUCUUGUGAAACUGAGUGGGAAGAACAGGGCAUUGAAUGAGUUUUCUGUGGAAAGAGUGGGAGAAAAAGUCGAGGAUACAUUAGUAAUGCUUCACGGCUACGGCGCAGGUCUUGGAUUCUUCUACAAAAACUUCGAGGGGUUAAGUCGAGUGCCAGGUUGGAAAAUAUACGCCCUGGACAUGCUGGGAAUGGGACGAAGCACUCGGCCACCUUUCAAAAUAAGUGCUAAGGAUCAAGCUGGAAAAAUUGCAGAAACAGAGAGUUGGUUUAUUGAUGCGCUGGAAGAAUGGCGUGUUCUAAAGAAACUCGACAAAUUUACACUUUUAGGCCACAGUAUGGGUGGUUAUAUGGCUGUUGCAUACGCACUUAAAUAUCCUGGCCAUCUUAACAAAUUGAUACUCGCCUCACCAGUGGGAAUUCCUGAAGAUCCUUACGCCACCUCAGCGGCUAUGCCCGAGCCUGAGGAAUCUACUCUCGCAAGUGAAUUUACACAAGACCAAGAAGCAGAUAUCGUCUCCUCAUCAUCCUCCAAUCCAAGUAGACGUACCACCGGCGGUGAUAACAACAAUUUUGGAAAUAUGCGUAACAAACGCGAAAACAACAAAUCCAAAAACGAACCCGCCAAGCGACCUCUCCCCUUCUGGCUCACCUACCUCUGGGACGCAAACGUAUCCCCCUUUUCUUUCGUCCGCUGGGCCGGUCCCUUUGGACCCCGUCUCGUCUCCGGUUGGACAUCCCGUCGCUUUUCCCAUCUCCCUAGUAACGAAAACGAAGCGCUACACAUGUACGCCUACUCCCUCUUCCGCCAACGUGGAUCCGGCGAAUAUGCACUCCCCUAUAUUCUAGCCCCGGGGGCCUUUGCUCGCUCCCCUCUAAUCCACCGCAUCCAUGGCGUAGGUCGUCAACAAAUCCCUUCCACUUCCACCUCACCCAUCACCCAAAAAGAACACGGCUACCCCGUCCUCUUAAUGUACGGUGAUAACGAUUGGAUGGACGUAGCCGGUGGAUAUGCCGCCGAACAAGCUUGCAAAGAGGAGCGCGAAAAAACUCUCGCUAAAGCAUCAAAAGAGGAAAAGGAACUAGAAAACGGUAGCGCAAAAGUUGUCAUUAUCCAAAAAGCAGGCCAUCAUUUGUAUCUAGAUGGAUGGGAAGAAUUCAAUGAAUUCAUGAGAGGCGAGAUGAAGGAGACGACCAUGGACAAUCGCAAGAUGAAAAGUGUUUUAGAGAAGCUGGGGGUGGAGGUUGAGGAAAGAUCAUAGUAUGUAGUUCGCAGAAAGGAAGUGAAAUUUUGAAUUGGAUUGGGUUAGGUUUAGAGGGGACACGGUGCGGGAUUAUAUCAGGUAUACUUAAUGGUUUUGGCUCUAGUUUUGUAUGGGAACAAGCAAUACAGGAUUGUGUGUGAUGUUGGAGUUUUUGGGGACUGAUCACUCUAGAUUUAUUUACAUGGACAAAGGCGAGUAGAGCGAGCAGGGUGUUUUUCUUCUUCUUCUUCUCCUUUCUAUAUCCAUACUUGUAAAAGUACAAUGCACCCACUCGACCACCCAUUAGCAGACGCAUUCAUGAGAUAUAUAUAGACUCAUAAACUUAGACAGACUUAAAUAAAAAUAAAUGCAGAAGCAUAGCAUAGCA